CACUUGCCAGCUACCAUACUUGUUGACAGAGACAGCUGACGACACACACACACACAAUAAUAAUGGAUACUGCUGAAAUUGACCGUUGCUUCGAGGUGGCAGUAGGCCUAGUGAAGGAGGCUGGCCAGGUGGUGCGGGAGGCGAUCAAGAAGCAGAAGAAGAUCGAGAUGAAGAGCAGCAGUGUUGACUUGGUGACUGAGAGUGACAAGGCUGUGGAGAAACUACUUAUAGAAGGAUUGAGUAAAGCAUUCCCAUCCCAUAAAUUUAUAGGCGAGGAGAGCACUGCAGAUGGGGCCAAAUGUGAACUGACCUCUGACCCAACGUGGAUUAUUGACCCCAUAGACGGCACCAUGAACUUUGUCCACUCCCUGCCCUACACCUGUGUCUCUGUGGGGCUGUGGGGGGGCAGGGAGGCGCUGGCAGGGAUCAUCUUUAACCCUGUAUUGGACCAAAUGUUUACUGCCAAGAAGGGUCAGGGGGCCUAUCUCAAUGGCGAGAGGAUUACCGUGUCUGGAGAGAAGGAUUUGAGCAAGGCGUUGGUGUUUGCAGAGAUGGGCACGUCUCAUGACCCAGAGAAGGUGAAGACAGUGCUGGCCAACCUCACCACCCUUAUGCCAAGAGUACAUGGGCUGCGGGACUGUGGGUCAGCUGCUGUGAGCCUCGCUAGUGUUGCGGCGGGCCACGGGGACAGUUUCUUUCACUAUGGGUUGGGCCCCUGGGACAUGGCGGCGGGGGCCCUGCUGGUGUGGGAGGCGGGGGGGGUGGUGUGUGGCCUGGAAGGGGGCCCAUUUGAUCUUAUGCGAAGGCGUGUCCUGUGCGCCUCCACUCCAGAGCUGGCUAAGGAGAUUGCCAGCCUGCUCUCCCAGUACCAGCCCACUCCUGACGGGGACCUGAGCGGCUGAUGAUGAUGAUGAUGGGUGUAGUAGUAGUAGUAGUAGUAGUAGUAGUAGUGUGGUGGUGGUGGUGGUGGUUUUAGAGUUUUAUUAUUACUAUUAAUAUUUUUGCUGCUACUACUACUACUAAUGCUACUAUUACUACUACUACUACUACUACUAUUACUAUUACUACUACUACUACUAUGAAGAGGCCAGUAGUCAAAUUGGUAGUGAUGUAAGUUAAUGUAAAAUUUCUAAGUAGAGAGAGAGAGA